CCACCCCCGGCCGCCCCCGGGCCAUGCGGCCUCGGCCCCGCCGGCGCCCGCCGCGCACCCGGAGCGAUGAGGCUCCGGCCCGGCACCUUCCUGACGCUGCUGCUCGGCUGCGUGUGCGCCUUCCUCUCGCUGUCCUGGUUCGCCGCGCUCGGCGGCCAGAAAGGCGACGUGGUGGACGUGUACCAGCGUGAGUUCCUGGCGCUGCGGGACCGCUUGCAUGCAGCUGAGCAGGAGAGCCUCAAGCGCUCCAAGGAGCUUAACCUGGUGCUGGACGAAAUCAAGCGGGCAGUGUCUGAGCGGCAGGCGCUACGAGAUGGGGACGCCAAUCGCACCUGGGGCCGCCUCACUGAGGACCCUCGGCUGAAGCCCUGGAACGUCUCGCACAAGCACGUGCUGCAUCUGCCCACUGUCUUCCACCACCUGCCGCAUCUGCUGGCCAAAGAGAGCAGCCUGCAACCGGCCGUGCGCGUGGGGCAGGGUCGCACUGGAGUGUCCGUGGUGAUGGGAAUCCCCAGUGUGCGGCGUGAGGUGCAUUCAUACCUGACAGACACACUGCACUCACUCAUCUCGGAGCUGAGCCCACAGGAGAAGGAGGACUCGGUCAUUGUGGUGCUGAUUGCAGAGACAGACCCCCAGUACACCUCCAUGGUGACAGAGAACAUCAAGGCCUUGUUUCCCUCAGAGAUCCAUUCUGGGCUCCUGGAGGUCAUCUCCCCUUCCCCUCACUUCUACCCUGAUUUCUCCCGUCUCCGAGAGUCCUUUGGAGACCCCAAGGAGAGAGUCAGGUGGCGGACCAAACAGAACCUGGAUUAUUGCUUCCUCAUGAUGUAUGCACAGUCCAAAGGCAUUUACUACGUGCAGCUGGAGGAUGAUAUUGUGGCCAAGCCCAACUACUUGAGCACCAUGAAGAACUUCGCGCUGCAGCAGCCCUCAGAGGAGUGGAUGAUCCUAGAGUUUUCUCAGCUGGGCUUCAUUGGAAAGAUGUUCAAGUCUCUGGACCUGAGUCUGAUUGUUGAGUUCAUUCUCAUGUUCUACCGGGACAAGCCCAUCGACUGGCUUCUGGAUCACAUUCUGUGGGUGAAAGUCUGUAACCCCGAGAAGGAUGCGAAGCAUUGUGACCGACAGAAAGCCAACCUGCGGAUCCGCUUCAAGCCCUCCCUCUUCCAGCACGUGGGCACCCACUCCUCCCUGGCUGGCAAGAUCCAGAAACUGAAAGACAAGGACUUUGGGAAGCAGGCCUUGCGGAAAGAGCACGUGAACCCACCUGCGGAGGUAAGCACUAGCCUCAAGACAUACCAGCACUUCACUCUGGAGAAGGCUUAUCUGCGAGAGGAUUUCUUUUGGGCAUUCACCCCCACUGCUGGGGACUUCAUCCGCUUCCGCUUCUUCCAGCCACUGCGCCUGGAGCGGUUUUUCUUCCGCAGUGGGAACAUUGAACAUCCAGAGGACAAGCUCUUUAACACCUCCGUGGAGGUGUUGCCCUUUGAUAACCCCCAGUCGGAAAAGGAAGCCCUGCAAGAGGGCCGAGCUGCCACCCUGCGGUAUCCCCGGAGCCCUGAUGGUUAUCUCCAGAUAGGUUCCUUUUACAAGGGUGUAGCCGAGGGUGAGGUGGACCCUGCCUUUGGGCCCCUGGAAGCUCUGCGCCUGUCUAUCCAAACCGACUCCCCAGUAUGGGUAAUUCUGAGUGAGAUCUUCCUAAAAAAGGCCGACUAAGCCAAGCUCCAGAGGGUGCAUGGACGUGGGUUGAUACCACCCAUCCACCACACAGGGGGCUCAUCCCAGCCACUCCUGGAGGGCUGUGCGCUGCUGCCACUGCCCUCAGCCUGCUGGGGUUCAGCCUGGUGCGCCCCACUCGGCUGGCUUGGGGUCGCCGCAGGCCCGGAGUCCCCAAGGAGCUGGUGCUGGCCCAACACCCUGGGCCACAGUCCCCACACUGUGCCUGAGGCCGGCGCAUGCUGCCGGAACCGAACUGGAACGUUCGCCCCAUGCUGGCCAGCUGGAGCAGGGCAGGUUUUUUCUCCUGAAGAGCUUUUAUUUCCUGGGCUGUCCCUGGCGCGAACACUGGAAUGCAUAUACUACUUUAUGUGCUGUGUUUUUUAUUCUUGGAUACAUUUGAUUUUUUCACGUAAGUCCACAUACACUUCUAUAAAAGCGUGACUUGUAAUAAAGGGUUAAUGAAGUGUA